UCCUUAAGCCAGCCCGCCAACGUUUUUAAGUUUUUUCUUCCGGUUCUUCAUUUCCCGCCUCCCACCUUUAUCUACUCCCCAAGCCAGCAAGCCGCCGCUCCUCAUCUUCUCCGGCAUCCCGCAGUGAAAUAUCCGAGUCGAUCCCCACUCGAACUGACUUGAAGAAAUGGCCGGCCAGUCUUGCUCUCAGCUCUCGCUCUUCACUCCCGACGAGGUGGAGUUCAUGGCGGAAGACGAGUUGGUCGAGAUCGUCCCGAAUCUGAGAAUGGACUCCCUCAAUUUCAUCUGUGGGGAUUACGGCCCGUUUUACCCACAAAUAGCCAUUCAGGUUCCGUUGUGGUUGGCUCUGGCGCUGAAGAAGCGAGGGAAGUGCACGAUUCGUCCUCCGCAGUGGAUGUCCAUCGAUAACUUGACUCAGGUGCUGGAAGGUGAAAGGGAGUCUCAUGCAUUUCAGUCAUUGCCCUUCCAUUAUGUUGAAAUCUCCAGACUUCUUUUAGACCAUGCACGAGAUGACAUUCCUGAGAUAUACAUGGUGAGAUCGCUCGUUGAAGACAUCAGGGAUGUGAGGUUUCAUAAGGUGGAGACAAACUUGGAAAACUUCACUGCUUCUGCAGUAACGUGGAAAAAUAUGGCUGCUAUGGAAGUGAAUAUAAUCCGCGCCUUCUCUGGGAGAGCCCUACAAGCAUUUUAUAGACAUGAGAAUGAGCAGCUCAUACCAGAUCUUGAUAGAACACAAGAUAGACAACCUCAAAAUCUCAAUGACAGGCCUAGACGUAACCUAAGGCCUCGGUAGAUUAAGCUGGAAAAACUAACCUCGUCAGGAAGCGGCACAAGUUAGUCUGCUUCCCUUUGAUAACUCGGUGAUUCUUUGACUGUUAUAGAGAAGCCUUUGCCUGAGUAACUCAGUGACCAGAUUUGCGUCUACUAAUGGGAUCCUAGGUCAGUAUUUUAUGGUGUACUAUUGCUAUAUGUGUAAUCUUUAUAUGGAAUGCAAUGGUGCAUAUCUUCCUGCAAACUAGAAGUGGGGGAAUCUUUGCUUGAGGAAAGCUUAGUCAAACAUUUUACAAGGUUCGAAUUUAAACAGGGUAUAUUGAAUUUAAGGUUCCAUUAGGCUCCGACCCUGUGUUAGUUAGUGG